UCAAGGAAAUGUUAUCGCCGGCUUUUCAAUACGCACAAUUUAGUAAAAACAUCAUCCAAGUCAACUCAUCAAUAUUCAAUUAUAAAAUACAACGUUUGUGUUCUUUAACAAAAAUGACUACUCAAGCAAAGUGGAAGAUUGAGAAGAAUCGUGUUCUAAAUUUACCAUUACAAGAAAAGAGAAAACUUUAUAGAACUUGUGAAUACAUUACUUUGGAAGAUAUUUACACUUGGUCUAAAUAUGCUAAAGAAAAUGAGCAUAUUAAGACGAAACUUCGUACUGAAGAUGAUCUUAACGAAUUCAAAAAGUUUCAUAUCAAUCCUGAUAAGAAUGCCAACCUUGCUGAGAAGGUGUCAAUUUUCAAGGGAGAUAUAACAAAAUUAGAGAUUGACGCUAUUGUAAAUGCGGCCAAUUCACGUUUGAAAGCUGGCGGUGGUGUUGAUGGUGCUAUACACCGAGCAGCAGGACCGUUACUACAGGAUGAAUGUAAUUCUCUUGGAGGGUGUCCUACAGGUAAAGCAAAAGCAACAAGUGGAUAUGAUUUGCCAGCUAAAUAUGUAAUUCACACAGUCGGGCCACAAGAUGGUUCUGCACCACAACUUCAAUCAUGCUACGAACAUUGUCUAGCCCUUAAAAGCGAAUGUCACUUCAAUUCUAUAGCCUUCCCGUGUAUUUCAACUGGAAUUUAUGGUUUUCCGAAUCGUCUAGCAGCACAUAUCGCUCUUAGGACUGUACGGAAAUAUCUGGAGUCAGAUGACAACAUGCGAAGGGUUAUUUUUUGCACUUUCAUGCCAACAGAUGUGGACAUCUAUGAGACAUUAAUGCAAUUGUACUUCCCAGUUGAAGAAUAAAUAAAAAGUGUCUAUUAUGAUUUAAAAAGCAUGAAAUGCAAACUUAAUUAUGUUAUGGUAUUGCAUGUGUGUGUAUAAUCAAUAACAAUAAAGGAUUAAUUUUUAUUACAA